AUGCCCGAGCAUCUCGAAUCAAACGCUCUCUUCGGUCACGAUCUAGAAGAAAACGAUGAAAUCCGAACCCUCAGUCGCUCUCCCCAUCCCUACCACCACCUCAAUACCGAGCUUCCACAUCCUGCCCAUCGCAUAGUCUACCACGCCUCGAACCAGACGUCCACACCGCCAAAGACAUCCUCAUCGGCGGACUCUAGUCGAACCCCAUCCCCAUUUCCCUCCUUCACCAAGGACUCGUCGCAGGGGAGCGACAGCGGCACCGAAGCUGAUGAUGAACACUUCCUGAAGGGGCUCCCCGCCCCCAGGGUACGUCUACACAAAGGCUUGAGGGGUCGCAACGAGAUACUCUCGGGCGCAUCAACGCCCCUCCUCUCCCCAGAGAACCAGGAGGACGAGGAAGCGGUUCAGCGACAGAAACAAAGGACAGAACGACUCACCUUUUGGGAUGAUCGCAACUACCGCCGUACCAAAGAGCUCAUUCGGCGAGUGUCCGAGUUCAUUAUUGUCAGCUCGUUAUUUGCUGUUGUUUGUGUAAACCCCAAAGUUAAGCCCAUCCUGUCGGCCUGGAAUCGAGAUCUGCGCUUUCUAGCCAUAUUAGUUACGUCACUCAUGGCUCUUUACCCCAUUCGACUCAUUGCAUGGGCGAUCCGGCAUAGAACUUCAUCCCGGAAACCCAUGAUUGCUGUUCCGACGGUUUUUGACCCCGCGCCUAUCCUUUACCCGCCUUCAGUUACACUACUGGUAUCUCUUUUAAUUUCUCCCGACAACGAAGCGGUCGUCCUCCCCAACAUUGUUCUCGGCAUUUCUUCGAUACCCAAAUAUCUAAUCCCCACAGCACAAGCUCAUGAACCUAUCAAUCCCCUGCAAUGGGUGUUAUCGUGCGUCCCUGUAUGGAUGUCGUCUCGACAAUUCGCUGCUCUCUCAAAUGGGACGAAACCUGCGGUUCCCCUUGAGACCAUCCUUCUACUCUACCCUCUACAUCAAACCUUGCUGGCGGUGCUGCACUAUCUAACAACCACCAGCUUGCUCACGGCUGAAUUGCAGCUACUUUCGAUCGCUUUGAUUAAUGUUCUUCUCUUCGCACACUCGCCUCAAGCCACAAUUCUUCAAGCCCUGCUUUGGGGCGGCGGCGUCGGCGUACUUGUCGUCUGUGGUCCAGUCAUUCGAUGGGGAAUUGCCUUGGCUAGGGUUCCCAGGUUGCGCUUCCGGCGCGUUAUCUCUCCGUCCAAGAAGCAUUCGGUCUUUGGGCUUUUGUCUGAAGGCCUAUCCAUGAGGCGCUUCAAGCACGAGCUGCUAGGUUCUUCGCUAGAGGAGUCAGCAUCAGAAGCUGGAAAUUCCGAGGAAGACAUGAUGGAUGGGCCCUUUACAAGGCCGAUGAGAGUCAGAACUUUCGGCGCUGCCGACACAACAUCUCGAACAGACCAGAAAUUCGAUGUCCCACUAUUCAACAAUUCAACAGAGUCUCCAGACGGUUUCGCUGUUGGUCGAAGGAAUACAUUUCCUCACGCGCUACAAAGACCCCGUCCUCGACGAUCAUUGACACACACGUCAGCCGGCCGCCGGAAGCGGACUGCUUCGACAACUGUUCGCUCAUUCUUCAAGCUCACAGAAGCUCAGGCCACCAGGCGGAAAUGGACAUACGCAGCCUAUGUGUAUGCCAGCAUUGUUACGAUUAUCUUAAUGCCUGUGCGCGAAUACAUUGGCAGACGAGCCCUGAAAGGCAAUGAGCCUGUGGGCUGGGCAUUGGGCUAUCUGUUUGGCGAGCUUCCAUGGUUUAGAUUCCAGGUCGUAAAUGCGAAUCUAGAGAGAUGGAUAUGCCUCCCCUCACGACUGUACGAAGAUGGCAAAGAAGCCUGCCAUCAAGGCUGGGUGCAACACAUCCGAUUGUCUGAUUUUGGAGAAGCAAAUACUCGGCUUCUUCUGAGCGCAUACUGGAUGUUGAUUGUGAUCGUCGGUCUGACGGUUGUCGUGCGCCUGGAUCCGAAGUACGAAGUGGACACACGACGCAAGGUCUUCCACUUCAUGAUGGUCGGAAUGUUCCUCCCGGCGACCUAUGUCGACCCCGUUUAUGCAGCUUUGGCGUUGACCCUUGUUCUGGCCAUCUUCCUCAUUCUUGACCUACUCCGCGCAAGCCAACUUCCGCCGUUGUCAAGACCUAUCGCUUCCUUCCUUACCCCAUACGUCGACGGCAGAGACCACAAGGGACCAGUCGUCAUUUCACACAUCUUCCUCCUUAUCGGUUGCGCUAUCCCCCUUUGGCUGUCUCUGGCUACCCUCCCCCGUACCGGCAGUGGUUACUUGACUGGCUGGGAGGUACCGACCCGCGAGGUCAGCAUGGUAGCAGGAGUCAUUUGCGUUGGCCUCGGCGACGCAGCGGCCUCUCUCAUCGGUCGCCGUUUUGGACACAGGAAGUGGAUUUGGGGCGGCGGAAAAAGUCUCGAGGGCAGUGUCGCCUUCGCGACGGCGGUGUUCCUCGGUCUUAUGGCCGCCACUACUUGGUUACGGGUCGGAGGCUGGCCCGUUGCUGCGGAGCAGCAGGUCUCCUGGCCUUCUGCCGUGCGCAACGCCGGCUUCUGCGCCAGUGUUGCCAGCUUGACCGAGGCUGUCUUAACGGGAGGAAAUGAUAAUGUUAUCGUGCCGGUAGUUCUCUGGACGUGUGUGAAAAGCAUUGGAGUGUAA